AUGCAUCUCAUCAAUAUCAUCAUCCUAUCUCUAAGUCUCGGUACAUACGCCAUGCCCGUCUCAAACAACGGAGCAGUCUCAAUCCCCAACAUAGACGGCACCAGCGAUACCGCCGAGCUGUGGAAAAAAGGCAAUGCCGCCGUCUCCAUCCCAAACGCAGAUGGCACUUCCGACACAGCUGAAUUGUGGAAGAAGGGAAAUGCUCCCGUUGAGAUUCCCAAUGGAGAUGGAUCGACGGACACAGCAGAGUUGUGGAAGAAGGGGAAUGGAGCUGUAGAGAUUCCGAAUGCGGAUGGGGGGAAUGAUGUUGCGGAGCUUUGGUGCACAUUGGCAAUUUUGGAUUCUGUUGAGUUUGGGUUGUGA